CGUCACGAUAGGCUAACUGACCUGCCUUUUCACCUUCACCAAUGAUCCCUCACUGGUGCCCCGCUAGUGUAUACCGAUAGCGCAGGCAGGGUUACCAUUCUAUUAUAAUUCAUGAAAAAAAUGAAAGCUUGAUAAGGCAAGAUUAUUGACAGUCGUCUCUCGUAGUGACGCACGAGCACAUCGCUUCAUUAUGAAUAUCAAAGCUCGAGGAGUGCGCGCGUACACCGCAAUAUUUAACGUUGUGAUAAUCCCAGUUAUCUAAGUGUGCGUAAAGCAUUUCCGUGCUUGUGAAAAAAUUUGUGCCAACAACGACUUUGUAUUGUCUUUUUCAGAUGGAUUGAUGCCAGUAUUGUAUGAGACAUGAUUCGGAAUAAGAAUAGGAAGGACCAGCCGUCCCACAGUAGUACACUCAGAUCAGCGUUGCAAAAAAAUGAUAUUGAAACCUUCAAAAAACUCAUUAACAAUGUUGACCUUGAAUAUUCUUAUCCAUAUCCGGACUAUAAAACUUGUCUUGAAAUGGCUGUAUCCGAUCCAAAAAAAAUAGAUUUUGUAAAGCUUCUGUUACAACAUCGAGUACAAAUUAACACAUAUAAUAUAACCGGUAGCACUCCAAUCCACUUUGCAAUUGAUAAUGGUAACAAAGAAGCUCUGAAACUUCUGCUAGAAGAUGCUAGAAUAGAUGUGAAUAUUAAGUGGAAAGGAAACACUCCAUUGUUAAUGGCAAUUAAGCAAAUAGAAAAUAUAAAAUAUCACCCCGAUCGAUGCUCAGAAACACCUAUUUAUGAGGAUAUGAUAGAAAUGCUUCUUAAAGCUGGAUGUAAUGCAAAUGCACCAGACUUAAAAAAUAACACGCCAGUAUCAUGCGCAGCAAAACAAAAAUUAGAGAAAGUUAUAAACCUAAUUUUUACUUACUCUAAGGAUCCUAUUGAUCUCGAUACUUACAAAAAUGCGGAUGACAAAACAGCACGGGAUUUUUUAAAAGAAGCUUUUCCACACUUGUUUACACACUUUCCACAGUUUAGUUUUUCUGAUGUUGUUGACAAUGACAAAUUGUUUUCAUAUCUCAAUAAUGGCGAAGAAGACAAAUUUGUUCGUGACUUUAUAAAGCUUGUGGAGAAAGGUGAACAUCAAGGGGCAUUGGAAUAUACAAACAGUAACAAAACAAUGUUACAGCAAGCCACAGAAAAGGGGUUUGAUAAAGCUGUAGAGACUCUAUUGCUUUCUGGGGCAGACCCUAAUGCUAAUUGUUCGGAUAUUAUAUAUCGACCUAUAGCUAUUGCUUGUCAAAAAGGAUUUUAUAACAUAGUCGAAAUGUUCACUGAAAACGAUAAUACAUUACUUGACCCUAUAAAUGAUGAAUCACUUGUCACAUUAACUAUAAAAGGGAUGCAAAGCUAUUCCGAAAACUCUGAAACAAAUCAUAAACGUUGUUUACAAAUUUUACUUAAUCAUCAAAAAUACUGUACGAAUAUUGAUCAUAUUGAUAAAAAACAAAAUACAGCUCUACAUUAUGCUGCUCGAAUGGGCGAUAAUGACACUGUAUUGAUGUUAUUGCGCAAAGAAGCAUGCAUAGGUAUACGCAAUAUUUAUAAUGAACCACCAUUGGGUGAUAUCCAUGCUAAAACGAUAGAAACAUACUUAGAUGAAUGUCUUACAACAAACGGCGGACGCCUCACUGAUGAUGACUAUGAAGUACAGAUAAAUUAUAGCUUUCUAGUAUAUUCAAACGUUAAUACACUGAAGAAAGAUUUAACUAAAGAGCGUUUAAUAGAUAACGUGACAGAAUAUGAUGCUAUUUUAGCUCCAGAAACAGAUGCUAUUUUGUAUAUGACUCGAAACGAAGAGUUGAGACCCCUAUUAAAGCAUCCGGUGAUUACCAGUUUUCUAUAUUUAAAAUGGCAAAGAAUAAGUUUUCUUUUCUACGCAAAUAUUACAUUAUAUUCUCUGUUAUGGUUCUGUCUGAUUCUUUACAUUAUAUUAGGUUAUGGAAUAGAAUAUAAGGAGCCAAAUUCUAUUCAAACAUUUAAUGUUUUUACUCAUACCGGUGUUAUCUUUGGAUUAAUAUUCUUAAUUAUUAGAGAGUUGUGCCAACUAUUAGUUGCGCCUAUAAGGUACUUGCAGAAUACUGAAAAUUGGAUGGAAAUAGCAUUAAUAAUUGUAACUUCGUGGAUCGUAUGUUAUGAUUCUGCACCAGAAUCAACAAAGCAACAAUUAUCAGCUGUAGCUAUUUUAUUAUCAUCUGCAGAAUUAGUUCUUUUAAUUGGUCAAUUUCCGACAUUAUCAACAAAUAUUGUAAUGUUGAGAACUGUUUCAUGGAACUUCUUCAAAUUUCUCCUUUGGUAUUGUAUUUUAAUAAUUGCCUUUGCGCUUAGUUUCUACACAUUAUUUAGACAAGAAAUCAAUGAUGACAAAAAUGCUCCAAAUCCUAAUUGUACUAAAAAAGAAGAAGACGAGGAGGAAGACUUAUUCGUGGACCCAGGAAGAUCACUGUUUAAAACCAUCAUUAUGUUAACAGGGGAAUUAGAUGCAGGUUCAAUUAAGUUCGGUACAUUCCCCGUAACAAGUUAUAUUAUAUUUAUUCUAUUUGUUUUUAUGAUUCCUAUUGUGCUAUUUAACUUACUUAAUGGUCUAGCAGUCAAUGAUACACAAGCAAUUAGAGCUGACGCAGAACUAGUUGGUCACAUAUCUCGAAUCAAAUUAAUAUCACAUUUUGAGAGUGUACUUAUAGGCAAUGCUGCAUGGACAAGUAAAUUAUGGAAAUGGCUGCCAACAUAUAUUCAAAGAUCCAUUAUUUUAAAGUUUAUAACAUCAUAUAUAGAAACUUUAGCAAAACGCAUAACACUUUUUCCACAUUUUUUGCCUGAACAUCGCAUUAUUGUGAUACCAAAUCAAGAGUACAAAAUAGUGAUACCUAAAACUACACAAAAGUCAUACACACAGUCGCACAACAAUGAGGAUAUUGAGGGUCACAAUCACUUCGAAUACUUAAAGAAUUACACAUUUGAUAAAAGUAUUGUGAAAAACGCUAAAAUUGUAAUUAGUGCUAAGACAGAAGUUUUAGAACUUGACGAAAUAAAGAAUAAAUUAUGUCAUUGUGAGACAAAAAUUUCCAAACUCCAAAAUCUACUAGAAAAAGUGCUAGAAAAAUUAGAAUCUCUUCCUCAUUAAUCUAAUGUACGUUUUGUAAUUUUUUUUCGAGCUGUAAUUACUGUUGGACUCAGAUGGUCUAGACAGCUUCACCGGGCGCGUAUGCAAGGGCGAGUGCGGAUGGCACUUCAAGCCCGCUAGAGGGGAGCGACAAAGUACCGACUCUUACCGAUGGACUGCGGCGUUUGCCCAAGGGUACCAGAGCGGCUCGGACCUCGACAUUUUUUUUUAAUGGAUGAUAAUAUAAUAGUAGCCCCGCUUCCGCUAACGGUAUACGCUUACGGGGCACCAGUGAGGGAUGAUAUAUAAGAAUAAAGAGGCAGGUCACAGUUAGCACAUCGUGAUAAAUACACCUGGAAUUCAACACGAUGGUUUCCAAGGAGAACCACGUGGAGGUCAACCUGAUAGGGUAUACUGCUAGCAAUAGAACUGGUAGAUCACAUUACUAACAAUCCCUUUCCCCUGGACCUCCGCUUAGAUCACCGUACUUCGACCCCCGACAAGGGACGGAAGAUCGGUUUGAAUCGAGGGGGGAGAAGUCGGUGGAUUGCACUCAUGUGUAUACCUGAUUAUGCGUGAACGGUAUGUUGGAGAUCUUCGUCCCCGCCGGCGGAGACAGAGUAUACGGUGUGGUUGUGUGAGUGACAAAUGUUCAGCAUUUGCCAAAGUAAUUGGAUCGUCGGGAUCAGAAAAGUGCGUACCCCGAACAACCCCGUUAAGGAGGGAUGUUCUCCCUAGGGGUGUAAGUAGCCGCUUUCACGGUGAGCGGAUUCGAAUGGGACUCGGGCGACACAUAUUGUACAUAACUCCAAUGUUAUUUCGUAUUCUUCUAUUAUUAUGAAUGUGAAAAGAGAUUUAAGGUUAUUUAAAAUUAUUUAUAUCGUAGAUUUAAAAAUCCCUGUUUUAGUAAUUACCUAUACAAGAAAAGAGUGCAUGGGGGCUCGUUGUCAAAAUUAUUGUACGUAAUAAAAAUAUAUCUAUGAAAUAGAAGUAAUUAUUAAAAUAAAACAUGCUAGUUUAUA